UGAAAUCUGUAGUAAUCACCAGUCAAGUGUCAGCUAUCCCAAGCACAAGCCAAAACACAAGCCAAUCAGUCAAUCAACAUGAAAUUCCUCAUCGUUUUCGUCGCUCUCUUCGCCAUUGCCUUGGCUGCUCCUCGUCCCGAUGCUGAAAUCGUCAAAUCCGAAUCUGAUGUAGGACCCGAAGGUUACACCUUCGCUGUUGAAACCACCGAUGGCAAGUCCCACAAUGAAGACGGCAAACUCAAGGAUGUUGGCACCGAACACGAAGCCAUCGUUGUCCACGGCUCCUACACCUGGGUCGAUGAGAAGACUGGCGAAAAAUUCACCGUCACCUAUGUUGCCGAUGAAAAUGGUUUCCAACCCUCCGGUGCUCAUUUGCCCGUUGCCUAAAUUUAAUUUUUAAGAAAUGUUUUUAAUAAAAUAAAAUUGCUUACGAAAA